AUGUGGGGUGCCCGGGCGGCGGCGGCGGCGAUGCCGCGGUGGUGCCGGGCCCUGCACGGCUCCGCCGCCCUGGGCGCCUCCAGGAACCUGCUGCUGCGCAAAAUGCUCCGCAAGAACAAAAAGAAAUUUUGGUAUGACAGCCCUACCCUGGGAUCUAAAAUGAUGUAUAAACCAACCAAGUUGGACGCCCUAAUGAAAAAUGAGCAGACAAAAACUAGGAGAGAAGAUAACAUACGCUGCAGAGUCUUGAAUGGUCUCAUUCAUAAAGCUAUGUCACAGAUGGUGACUACCUGUGAAGUCAGUCAGGAAUUUUAUGAUCUCAAGCUGGAAAUCUGCAAGGUGUCCCUGUCGUCAAACUUUUCAGCAUGUCGUGUGUACUGGAAUCCUGCUGCUACUAUGGAGAAAGAAAGCUAUGUGGAAAGUGUGCUGCGGAAGAGCGCUCCACGUAUACGGUAUCUUCUGAAGAGUCAGCAAAUUCUAGGAAAUGUACCCCCAAUAAUAUUUAUAAAAGACAAAGAAGCUGCAGCUGUGAAAGAGGUCGAGGACUUAUUGGCAAUUGCUGAUUUUGGACCUCCUGAAGAAGAAGAAGAAAUAUUUGAAAAUGAUUCAAGUAAACUGUUCUCUUCAGCAACUCAAUCUUCAGGGCCACCCAUGCGGUCUAAUCUGUUUGGUAUUGAUCAUGAACUGCUGAAUAAACAGAUAAUGGACUAUAAAAGACUGAAAGGGUCAAGACAUAUAGAAAGCAUUCCCUGGACAGAAGAGCAGGAGCAGCAGCUUUCUGAGAUUCGGAAGAAAAUGAAAAAGAGAAAACCAAAGAAUCCUGAUGAUGACGACAUUACACCACAGAAAUACUUACUGGACAAAUAUGAUGCUGAUUACUGGGAUGAUAACACUGAAUCGGUCUCAGACUAUGAGUUGGAGGAAGAGGUAAAGGAAUUGGAGAUGGAUGAUGGCAAACAUUUAAGUCAUCCUGCUGAUAAACUAAAAUGAAGUGAAAAAGCCACUCCCUUCAAAAUGGAGGAUACCAAUAGCAAAAAGACUGCCAUAGAUACUGAAAGGUUGUUUACCUGGUUACCACUUCCAUAUGUAAGAAAAACGAAAAUGCCAUUUGUGACAUUCUGUUAAGCACCUUUCAAGCUGCUACAGUUGUGGAACUUUGAACAAGAGAGCAGUUUUAUAAUAAAAUACACCAACUGCAGCACUGAGGUAAAACUUCUUGCAGUUG